UGACUAAACUGUGAAACUCUUUAAAAUGCAUAAAAAAAAUCAAUAGAUAACAGGGUGAUAAUUAGAACACGUAGACACAAUCCAAUCUAUCACUCAAAAACCUAUGGCUUUGGUUGCUGCAUGAAACCCCUCCAUCCUUCACAUAAUAAUCCCCCUAAAAUUCAAUCAAAUCCCCAUUUAUAUGCAUCUUUUUUCACACAAUUCACCACAGUUCACACAAAUUCAUCAAUCAAAGCUUCAACAAAACCUCAAACCUUCAUCAAUGGCCUCUGCCACCAAUACCAUUCUUUCUUCCAAUUUCUUUGGCUCAAGAAUCUUGCUUUCAACCCCAACACCCAAAACCCACAAACCCUCAAGAACCAAGUUCAUAAUCCCCCAAUCAAUCUUAAACAGAAAACCCAAUUCAUCAAAUAAUUUCAAUCUCCAAUCAAAGGCCACUUUAGCUGCUCUGUUAUUCUCUUCAAUUGCAACCCCACAAGCCCUAGCAGACACUGAUUUACCCCCACCCCCACAAACCCCACUUCAAGCUGAGUUAGUUAAACAAAACCCAUCAACAAAUUCAUCACCCUUUUCACAAUCCAAUCUUCUUACAGCCCCAAAGCCCCAAAGUUCUGAUCUUCCAGAGGGUAGUCAAUGGAGGUACAGUGAGUUCUUGAAUGCUGUCAAGAAAGGGAAAGUUGAGAGGGUUAGGUUUAGUAAAGAUGGUGGGGUGUUGCAGCUUACCGCUACUGAUGGCCGGAGAGCCUCGGUUGUGGUCCCGAAUGAUCCGGAUCUUAUCGAUAUCUUGGCGAUGAACGGUGUCGAUAUUUCGGUUUCUGAAGGGGAGGCUACUAAUGGGUUGAUUGGGUUUAUUGGUAACUUGUUGUUUCCUUUGUUGGCAUUUGGUGGUUUGUUUUUCUUGUUUAGGCGGUCACAAGGUGGGCCUGGCGGGCCUGGUGGGCUCGGCGGCCCCAUGGAUUUCGGGCGAUCGAAAUCCAAGUUUCAGGAAGUGCCCGAAACCGGAGUGUCGUUCGCUGAUGUGGCUGGUGCGGAUCAGGCUAAGUUAGAGUUGCAAGAAGUUGUCGAUUUUUUAAAAAACCCUGAUAAGUAUACAGCUUUAGGUGCUAAGAUCCCGAAAGGGUGUUUACUGGUCGGCCCGCCUGGAACCGGGAAGACCCUUUUAGCUCGGGCCGUUGCGGGUGAGGCUGGAGUGCCGUUUUUCUCAUGUGCUGCUUCGGAAUUUGUCGAAUUGUUUGUGGGUGUUGGUGCUUCUAGAGUUAGGGAUUUGUUUGAGAAGGCGAAAUCGAAAGCGCCGUGCAUUGUGUUUAUUGAUGAGAUAGAUGCAGUUGGUAGGCAGAGAGGUGCGGGUUUAGGUGGUGGGAAUGAUGAGAGGGAACAAACGAUUAAUCAGUUGUUGACGGAAAUGGAUGGUUUUUCGGGUAACUCGGGUGUUAUUGUUUUGGCUGCUACUAACAGGCCUGAUGUUCUUGAUUCGGCUUUGUUGAGACCAGGGAGGUUUGAUAGACAGGUGACUGUUGACCGGCCGGAUGUUGCUGGUAGAGUCAGGAUCCUGCAGGUGCACUCAAGGGGAAAGGCACUUGCAAAAGAUGUGGAUUUCGACAAGAUUGCUAGGAGAACCCCGGGUUUCACCGGAGCUGACUUGCAGAACCUGAUGAAUGAAGCCGCCAUUCUUGCAGCCAGGCGUGAACUCAAGGAGAUAAGCAAAGAUGAGAUUGCAGAUGCUCUUGAGAGAAUCAUUGCAGGGCCGGAGAAGAAAAACGCUGUUGUCUCGGAAGAGAAAAAGAAGCUUGUUGCAUAUCAUGAGGCUGGUCAUGCACUAGUUGGUGCCUUGAUGCCAGAGUAUGACCCGGUAGCAAAGAUAUCCAUCAUUCCCCGUGGUCAAGCAGGCGGUCUUACCUUUUUUGCCCCUAGUGAAGAAAGGCUCGAGUCUGGUUUAUACAGCAGAAGCUACCUUGAAAACCAAAUGGCAGUCGCUCUCGGUGGAAGGGUGGCCGAGGAGGUUAUUUUUGGAAAAGAAAACGUUACAACUGGAGCAUCUAACGAUUUCAUGCAAGUGUCGCGUGUGGCAAGGCAAAUGGUUGAGAGGUUUGGGUUCAGCAAAAAGAUCGGUCAGGUGGCGAUAGGCGGUGGUGGCGGUAACCCAUUCUUGGGACAACAGAUGUCAUCCCAGAAAGACUAUUCAAUGGCUACCGCGGACAUUGUAGAUGCAGAAGUGAGGGAACUUGUUGAACGCGCAUACGAGAGGGCAACGAGUAUUAUCACAACACAUAUCGACAUCUUACACAAGUUAUCUCAACUCCUUAUGGAGAAAGAAACGGUUGACGGUGAAGAGUUCAUGAGCCUUUUCAUUGAUGGCAAAGCUGAACUCUACAUUUCCUAGAUUUCACACUUUUUAUGUAACAAAGCUUGAUACAAUGUACAUGUUUGUUUGUUUCUUUCUUGUAGCAAUAUAGAUCUUGGAAUAUUUGACUUAUAUAGAAUCCCUUGUGGAGAUUGGGAAUUAUAUUUUUAAGUUUACCUGUAA